AUGGAGGCAAAUGCAACACCACAUGAUAAUCAUGAGGAUCAAGAUGAAUUUGUUUUGCUUGAUUUGGAUGGUGUUUAUGGCCUAAUUGAUAUUCCACCUAAUGCUAACUAUGUUCUUAGGGGUCUUGAUACUUUAAACCCAGAACUGAUCAUUGCUGACAAAUUUAAGCUGAUUGGUGAAUACGAUGAGACAAUUGGAACAUGUAUCGCAUUUGAAGAACAAGAUACACCAGUGGUUCAUGAAGAGACUGGACCAUCUGAAGCGAAUCUUUUUUCUGGAAGAAAACUAAUUGAUUCAAGCCAACCUCCAACAAAGCAACUCAAACCUGUAUGUCAGCUUCAUAAGGUUCUCAAGUUUAAAUUAUCACCUGAUUCUGAAAUUCAAAGUCGCACUGCAGAGGAAGACAGUUGA